AUGGAUCCCAGUUUGCUGCUGGAUCAGAUGCUGCAGGAUGUGUCUAACCUGCCGGCGGAGUUCAGGUACAUGCUGGAGGAGGUAGGGCUGGAGGACGAGCAGUGUUUGGAGCUGCGGAAGCGGUACCAGCAGAAGGAGGGCAUUCUACACAAGUACAUCAAGCAGAACGGGUCGCUGGCGGCGAACCCCAAGGAGGACGAGCUGUUGGCGGAGGUCGAGCAGAGCAUGGCGCAGGUGCGCGAGUUGCAAGAGGAGAAGUGCCAGCGGGCGAACACGAUCCUGUUCCUGGUGAGCCGGCAUUUGAACAAGCUGCAGCAGAAUAUCAUCAUGCUCGAGGAGGACGGGCUGCUGGCGCCUGCGGAGGACGAGAUGGAGAGCGGGCCGGACUUCUCCAGGGAGAGCUCCGUGGUCGGGUCUACAGUCUCUGAGCGCAAGCGCAAAGCCGCGUCCGAGGACCACCCACGGCGGAAGAAGCAGUCCCGCUCGAUGUCCAACACCCACAGAGAGAAGAGCUACAACAAGGGCGACGACACAGCCGACGUCAAGUCGCCUGCCUCCACCGAGAGGGAAGGCACACUGGACCUGCAAAACUACCAGGAGGAGCUCUUCUCCAGCAUGAACGACAACGAGAAGGAGGACCAGAACCUGUACUGUUUCUGCCAGCGCGUAUCCUUCGGCGAGAUGGUCGCGUGCGAUGGCCCAAACUGUAAGUACGAGUGGUUCCACUACGAGUGUGUCAACCUGACAGAGCCUCCUAAGGGCACCUGGUACUGCCCAGACUGCAAACAAGAAAUGUCCAAGAAACUAAAGAAGAAGAAGCAAUAA